AGGUGUGAACGGCGGCGGGGGAGGGAGGGAGAGAGACGCACACACACACACAGAAAGAGAGGGAAGGGCCGACCCCGCCUUGGCGCGCGAAUGGAACUCCCGGGACGCGCUGUGAUUGGUUGCAGCAGUACAACUCGCUCGCGCUGAUUGGCCGGACCGCGGACAGAAGGAGUAGUGAGAUACAAUUUUUUUUUUUUGGAUAGAGCGCUUUGCCCACACGUGGAGCUUCUUCGUUGUUCUACCGGCCGGCUGCACGCGUGUUUAGUGUUUAUCGGGAGAAUCGUACCAGGGAAAGGAAUCAUGCUGCUGGCUGCUCCGGAAACCUUCAUGGAUCAUCCCAUCAAUCGGUAUUAUAGGACGUCCGAGCCGAAUAAUAAUAAUAAUGGGAGCCCGGUGUCCUCCGAUCCAUGCCCGGUGGCUGAUGAGCAGGGAAACCUAACCGGAGUCACAGAACCCUUCGAGAGCUGCUACCAGGUGGGGCCCGUCAUUGGCACCGGAGGAUUCGGCACGGUCUAUUCUGGAGUCAGGCUGGCAGACAAGCUACCGGUUGCUAUCAAGCAUGUGGCAAGGGACCGGAUUGGAGAGUUUAAGCAUAUGAAUGGCACCCUGGUCCCUCUUGAAAUCUGCCUUUUAAAGAAAGUGUCAUCGGGCUGCCGUGGGGUGAUCAAGCUUUUGGACUGGUAUGAGCGGCCCGACGGUUUUAUCAUCAUCAUGGAGAGACCGGAGCCUGUGCAGGAUCUGUUUGACUUUAUCACUGAGCGGGGAGCUUUGGGCGAGGAGCUCGCUGCCAACUUCUUCCGGCAAGUGGUGGAGGCUGUGCGGCACUGCCACUCCUGUGAUGUGGUGCACCGAGACAUCAAAGAUGAGAACAUUCUGGUGGACCUCAGGACGGCUGAGCUCAAGCUGAUCGAUUUUGGCUCUGGCGCACUGCUACGGGAUGCAGUUUACACAGACUUUGAUGGUACACGAGUGUACAGCCCACCAGAAUGGAUCCGCUUCCACCGAUACCAUGGGCGUUCAGCUACUGUGUGGUCCCUCGGCAUCCUGCUAUACGACAUGGUGUGUGGCGAUAUCCCCUUUGAACACGAUGAAGAAAUUCUUAAGGGCAAGAUCCAGUACCGCUGCAGGGUAUCAAGAGAGUGCCAGCAUUUGAUCGAGUUGUGUCUGUCAAAGAGACCCUCAGACCGACCGACCCUUGAACAGAUCCUCUCGCAUCCCUGGAUGGCACAGCAGCAAAAGCUCAUAGACCAAAAGGACAAUGGCAAAGUAACAAGAAAGCUGGACCAAGAAUCUACCAGCUCAAGUCAGGAAAGCCUCUGAGCCCAAAAAACAGACGCUCGCUGAGCGACUUGGGAAAGGAUAUUACAGUCCCGGCGCGGAGGGGCUGUCAUGGAUCUGAACGUCCGGUCCCUCAGGCUUGGAUUCCCUGUGGGAUAGAAGGAGCUGUCCCACCCAAGUGAUAUACCUCGAAUAGGGGGGGGGUCUUCAGAAGGAACUUUGUUUGUUAUGGAAUGUGGUGACUUCAGACUGUGGACUAUAUCCUAGAGACCCCUUCACUUUGCCAAGAGACUUUGAUGGUUGGGGUGGGAGGGGGACGUGAGCAAGCAGGGAAGGGUGGGGAGCCUGCUAUGCCAUGAAGGGGCUUCACUAGCAAGCAUAUAUUUUUGUAUCUUGCUUAAUGGUUGGUUUGUUUUUUUUAAUAUUCAGGUCCGAUCUGCUGUUGACAACACAUUAUGAACAAGUGCUCGCUUUUAGAGGUGCAUCCACUUAAACGUUGACUCAACCCAAAAUCAUUUUGUUUAGGGAUAGGUGCUACUUACCUUUUUGAAGCUCUCAGUUGUCUUAUGUUUUUUUUUUGUAUGUAGCAGCAGGCUUCCCUAAGGCUAACUAACAUUGGUCAUACAUUUUUGUAUUUUUUUAAAUUUUAUAAUAUAGUUAAAAAAAUUAUAUUUAUAAAUAUAUAUUUCUUUAACGUCCUUCAAUAAAUAACAUGCAUGUAAAUGCAAAGCCCUACACAAGGUGGUUGAACCUGGACAACACAUCAAUUUAAAAAAACAUUUUUUGGGGGUGUUGUUGGCCUUUAGUCAAACAGUCUGCCAUCAUGUAGGCAAUGUCAACCAUAUGUUAGCAUGGGUAGUAAUAGCGGCCCAUUUUAUCCUUUUGUUUUUUGGGGGUGUCUGUUUUAGGAGGAUGCACUUCUCAAAAUGCCAGCAGGUUUUAAUAAGGCUGUAGAAUCUAGCGAUGACACAAGACCUGGUAAGGGAUACUACUUUGGCUGUGUGUAUUCCACGACUUCAGAUUUUUUAUUUUUUUUUCUCACACAGUCCAGAUUGCUGAAAUAUCAGCUGUUGAGAAUCCUAAGGCUCCACACUGUCCCAUUGUACGAUCAAUGGAGGAUUUUUUUUUUUUUUUUUUGUAAUGUAUAAUGUAUCCCUCCUUGCUGCUAAUAGGGGACUGUCGCCAUGGCACAGUAGUUGAGGGAGUUAACCGAAAAGCUUGCUCAGGGAAACUGGCUUAGUGCUGGUAUUUCUGGCAGUGCCUGUAUUCUCUAGGACCGCUCGUCAAACAUCUACUCCACAGGAAUGUAUGCUGGACCUUUAAACUGAGGCUUUGGAUGGAUCAGUCAUAUUUUUUUCUUUUUUUUUUUGGUGACGACUGUUAGUUGUCAGCAGAACUAGUUUACAAUGACAAGUAUCAUUGCAAUUCUUAAUUUAUUACUACUUUUUUUUUUGUUUUUUUACAUCUUCAACAACUUGAACAAAGUUGUCUUCAUGGCCUUAAAUCUUUUUAGAGACGUUCCUGUCAUUUUUGUUGUACAUUAUUUCUAUGUUUAUCAAAAGUGCCCUGGGGGAAAAUUCACCAUCAUCCUGUGGGUAGAUGGAUGUAGACAUUCGUGAUCUGCUCCACGCAGUUUUAAGCAAGAAACUCGCUGUUCUUGUGAACUUCAGUUUACAGUUGUCACAACAGGACUUUGAUUUAGGGGCUCACUGUGUUGAGCAAUGGUUUUAGUUCUGAGUGCACCCUUUUUAAAUAAAAAAAAAAACUUAAAGUUUACCUGUUGGUGGAGGCAGCAGCAUUUUUUUUUUUUUUUAGCAUGAGGAAAUAUUGGCAAAAAAUUUGGAUAGUCAUGUUCCUUUUUGACGCUCAUAGGCUUCAAGUUGGUACAUUAGUUGCCUUUUGAUACAGGUACUCUUUAAGGACACUUUGAAAAUCCUUAUUUUCUUAACACUCACUCCUCAGUAACUUACUGAUCAUUCCCACACUGAGCAAAAUGGGUUUAACUCUGCCCAAUGGAACCAGUUGGGUAUAAAAUUUGAAUCUUGGGUACAUUCUGUGUACCCUUACAGUGUUCACUGGUUAUGUCCUAAUUUAUUUUAUUUAAUCUAUGUAACUUGCGCCUUAUUUUUUUUUUUCCAGUUUCGUGAGGCGGACUUUAUUUAUAAAGUGACUUUUUUUUUUUUUUUUUUUUCUUAUGAAUAUUUAUAAGAAUCUUUGUUACGUUCUGGACAUCAGAAUUUUCUUUUGGGUCAGUUUUUAUUUAAUGUUUAAUUAUAUCUAUUUCUUUUAAUAAAAUUUUUUACAAGUUGAA